CAGAGAUCUGCUCAACACAAAGGACUUGGCGCCACAGUCGUUGCUGGGAACUGAGUGGAGUUGGUGCAGUUUCGCCGCAGAAGGGUGAAAGAGAAAGCGCAUUUUGGUGGAAAUGUCCGGACGCGGAAAAGGAGGCAAAGGCCUGGGGAAAGGAGGAGCGAAGCGCCACCGCAAAGUACUGCGAGAUAACAUCCAGGGGAUCACCAAGCCAGCUAUCCGCCGCUUGGCUCGCCGCGGCGGCGUGAAGAGAAUCUCCGGCCUCAUCUACGAGGAGACCCGCGGCGUCUUGAAGGUGUUCCUGGAGAAUGUCAUCCGCGACGCCGUCACUUACACCGAGCACGCCAAGCGGAAAACGGUCACCGCCAUGGAUGUGGUGUACGCAUUGAAGCGGCAGGGCCGCACUCUUUACGGCUUCGGCGGUUAGAAGGGGCAUGGCUCCCCUGGUCGAGGCGGACUUUGCUGUUAGUUUAUUUUCUACAUGCAUUGACUCCGCUUCUGUUGCCUGCGGUCGGGUCCGUCUUCGCUCUCCUCGCUUUUGUAUUGGGUGCUUGGCCCCGUAGUUGUUUGAAAUGGGCCAAUAGGAAUCUCCCCCUCACCUAUCCCUGAUUUGCAUAUCGGCUUCCAUAAAACUCCGCGGCCGCCUCUCCGCUCCUCACUCUCUGGUCGGUGGAUGAACCACAUGUUUCAAUUGGGGCCGGCAAUCGCAGGAAACUCCUUUCUCUCCCCGGAAGGCGCACGUCGCAUCAUUGCGCAGAUUACACUAGAGAAUCCUGAUGCAGUCAUCUCAAGCAAAAGCAAACCGCUGAUGGAACUCUGCGGGUAAAGAAAAAACUGGAACAUCACUGGAGGGAAAUGGAUGGUCGACGUUUCGCAGAGUUCAUUCAACUGUUCAUUUACAUCGUAGAAUAAGUUGCAUCGCUCUGAUUUUAAACAAAUCUCUGGUGGUUCCAGAGAGGCUAUGGCACAUUUCCUGUCUCGAUUUGAAUUUCAUUGAACAUCAUCACCAUUGCCUAUAUUUGCUAUUAUUUCUUCGAACUCGAAUGACAUCAAUUCUUGACUGCGGGGAGAUUUAAUUUUGGCGGGUAAUUUUCGAUACUUUUCUUUUUAAUAGCUAGUACAUAAUCCUAGUACCGGCCGCUUUUUUUUGUUCUUUUUUGGAACUUUGUUACUUUUUUAUUGUUGUAUUAAAGCUGGUGUUUUCUUGUC